AUGGCUUCUCCCCCCGAGCUCCCCAGCAACUUCAUGCUUGUCGCAGUUCUGUGCUGUGUCAUCACCGUCAUCAUUUACGGUAGUCGAAAGGGCCGUAUGCCACUGCCCCCAGGUCCACCCGCCAAACCUCUCCUCGGACAUCUUCACCUGAUGCCCUCAAGUAACGCAUCAGCGGUCUUCCACAACUGGGCCCGCAUUUAUGGUGAUGUCAUGCAUCUCCAUAUCCCGGGCAAGUCCAUCAUCAUAUUAAGCAGCCAUCGAGCUGCCAUGGACCUACUCCAGGCAAAAGGCUCAAUCUAUUCUGCCCGUCCUUCAUUUCUCCUCUAUGAACUCGCAGGAUGGACAAAUGUUCUGACCUUUCUUACUAAUGAUGAUCGGUUCAAUCGCCAUCGUCAAGCACUGCAUGGCUAUUUAUCUGCUGCAAAUUGUGUCGCCUUCCAGCCAUUCCAGCUCAAAGCUGCACGAAAGCUGGCCCAGGCAAUGCUUAACACACAUGUUGGAGAAUUUGAUCAACAUAUAAACCGGGAAACAGGCACGAGAAGAAUGUCAGCUGGUACACCCUUGGAUUUUUUCCCUUUUUUACAAUAUCUUCCCACUUGGUUCCCUGGGGCAUAUUAUGCAGGGCUUGCACAGAAAAUGCGGCCCAUAUUUCGGAAGAUCUAUGACAUCCCUAUCAAGCUUGUAUAUCAACAACAGAAGGAAGGCAUUGCUCCACCAUCAUUCCUGCUCCACCAUCUGCAGCUUAUGUCAGUCAACAAGGGAAUUCUUAGUAUUGAAGAACUGAAAGGGGCUGGUGCAACAAUAUUUGCUGCUGGGAAAGCCACAACUGCAAGCACACUUAUGGUCUUCCUCCUUGCUAUGGUUCUCAACCCAAAAGUGCAAAGAAAGGCCCAAGAGGAGUUGAAUCGGGUUGUGGGUCAUAAUCGAUUGCCAACAUUUGCUGAUUCUGCAAGUCUGCCAUAUAUUGAAGCAGUUGUGCAAGAGACAUACCGAUGGAAUACUGUUACUCCCAUGGGUGUUCCACAUGUAUCAAGUGCAGAGGACACUUACCAGGGCUGGAAAAUUCCCAGUGGGUCCCUUGUCCUGGUAAAUGUUAGAGCCAUUUCACGAGAUGUAGAUGUCUAUCAAGAUCCAGACCAGUUCAAUCCAGACCGCUUUCUCCCAAAGCCUGAGGGUCUCAAUGAGCCACGGUUCAGUGAUGCAUUUGGAUAUGGCCGUCGUAUCUGUGUUGGACAGCAUCUCGCCCACAGCAGUGUCUGGAUUGUUAUUGCAACCAUCCUUGCCACUUGUACUAUCACAAAUGCCACAGAUGAGUCUGGCAAUAUUAUAGUCCCAGUACCAGAAAUGAGUGAUGGAUUAGACAGUCAUCCUCAUGCAUUUCAGUUUGUUGUAAAUCCUCGACAGGAUACAGAAGAAGUCCCAAUGUUAUUGGCCACAGAGAUUGAUGAACUGUGA